CCCUCGGCCGACGUGCCCUUGUUGGAUCACUUGUCCUAUCGAGACUUUGAUCAAGUGUACGAACCAGCCGAGGAUACCUACUUAUUGUUGGAUGCUUUGCUAUACGAAUUUGAUCAAGGAAAUAACCAACUUGCUGCUGCUACCCAUGCGACCACAUCAGACUCGGAUACGGCCGACCAGUGUCUGUGUCACGUUUUGGAAAUUGGUUGUGGGUCGGGUGUUCCCACCGCUUUCUUUCAACAAAUGUGGAGGAAACGAAAGACAACGUUGCUGUACAGUGUGGUUACGGAUAUUAAUCCGAAGGCACUAAAAGUUACUCAGCAAACCUGUCGAUGUAACGGAGGAGGGGCACAUCCGCAAACGGCCAUGUUGGAAGCGCUGCAGUGCGAUUUGGGUUUCGCGCUGGUACCGCAGCUGGAAGGAAAGGUGGAUGUAAUUAUGUUCAAUCCACCCUACGUCGUAACGGAUGACGCCGAAGUGGGAACACCCGAUAUUUCGGCGGCGUGGGCCGGUGGACUGGGUGGUCGUCGUGUCGUGGACCGAGCUUUGCCGCAGCUAGCGAGACUACUUCGCAAACCGACCGGAGUCUUGUAUCUUGUCACGGUCGACGACAAUCGACCCUGGGAACUAGCACAAGACGUGGCCAAAUUAGGCUGGCGUAUGAAGCCACUCUUUCGAAGAAAAGCACAGAACGAGUUUUUGACUAUUCAAAAG